CCCGAAAGGCAGGCGGCGGAAGUAGUGGCGUUGCUGAAUGUCCGUGCGCAUGCGUUGACCUAGUCCCUCGCUGCCGCUCUGUAGGCGCUGUCUUUCGCUUCUUCUGUCCUUUACUACAAGUGAGGGGGAGGGUGUACCCCUAGGCGUGGUCGCGCUCCCAAUCCCUCUGCUGCUCUCGUGGUCACCCUAGCAUGGCGGGCAUCCUGUUUGAGGAUAUUUUUGAUGUGAAAGACAUUGACCCGGAGGGCAAGAAGUUUGACCGAGUGUCUCGACUACAUUGUGAGAGUGAAUCUUUCAAGAUGGACCUGAUCUUAGAUGUAAACAUUCAGAUUUAUCCUGUAGACUUGGGUGACAAGUUCCGGUUGGUCAUAGCCAGUACCUUAUAUGAAGAUGGUACCCUGGAUGAUGGUGAAUACAACCCCACAGAUGAUAGACCUUCCAGGGCUGACCAGUUUGAGUAUGUAAUGUAUGGGAAAGUAUACAGGAUUGAGGGCGACGAAACUUCUACUGAAGCAGCAACUCGUCUCUCUGCCUACGUGUCCUAUGGCGGCCUGCUCAUGAGGCUGCAGGGUGAUGCCAACAACCUGCAUGGAUUUGAAGUGGAUUCCAGAGUUUAUCUGCUGAUGAAGAAACUGGCUUUCUGAAGCACACAGGAAGCCAACCUUGCUGCUUAGUCACUCAGGAGUUGGACAUCCAUUCAAGCCUGAGGAGCAGUUACUACUGACCAUCUGUUCAGGAAAGGGCUGACUGAGUGGACGGCCACUGGGGGUGCAUCUUUAGGUGGUCUGGACUCAGAGGACUCAACUUGCUUGUGAAAGACCCAAUGGGAGAGCUUAAAACAAAUCAGAAGUUGUUUUGUGUAUAUGAUUUUUUAAUUAAACUUUACUUUUUCAGA